CGGCCACUCCCCUCUCUCCAGUUACCAACCGAGCCCAAGGAAGCAAACCGUGAGAGCGCAGGUGGUGGGGGAGCUCAGCUGAGGCCUGAGGGGAGGGGAAAGAAGAAGAAACCUCCAAUCUUGCUCCUGCUGUGCUGCCCCGAGCCAAGAUUCUCUUGUUGCAUCGGCGUAAAUAGGCGAUUCUGCAUUGGCCAUUGAACGCGAGCGCCGAGCAGUUUCAAAGAACCCGAAUUUGGUCGAGAAGAUGUCGGUGGUCCAUGCGGACGACAUCGAGAUAUCGCUGUGCGACGGCAACUCGGAGGACGAGCGCCGCCGCCGCAAGAUUGGCUCGCUGCGGCGGAAGGCCAUCCACGCGCUCAAGAAGCGCGGCAGGCGCCGCGUCGACUUCCGCUUCCCGCCGGCCAUCUCCAUCGAGGACGUCCGGGAUGCCGAGGAGGAGCGCGCCGUCGCCUCCUUCCGCGAGCGCCUCGCCGCGCACGGUCUCCUACCCGACAAGCACGACGACUACCACAUGAUGCUAAGGUUCUUGAAGGCCAGGAAGUUCGACGCCGAGAAGGCAAUGCAGAUGUGGGCGGACAUGCUGCGAUGGAGAAAAGAGUUCGGGGCAGACACCAUCCUUGAGGAUUUUGAGUUUGAAGAACUGGAUGAGGUGCUGCGCUACUACCCUCAGGGAUACCAUGGCGUCGACCGAGAGGGCCGGCCGGUGUACAUCGAGAGGCUUGGGAAGGUCGACCCCAACAAGCUCAUGCAGAUCACCUCUGUCGACAGGUACAUCAAGUACCAUGUGCAAGAGUUUGAGAGGGCCUUCAGAGAGAAGUUCCCUGCCUGCACAUUGGCUGCCAAGAGGCACAUUGACUCCACCACCACCAUCUUGGAUGUCCAGGGCGUGGGUCUCAAGAAUUUCUCCAAGACUGCAAGAGAGCUUGUACUCAGGAUGCAGAAGAUAGACAGUGACUACUACCCUGAGACAUUGCAUCAGAUGUUUGUUGUGAAUGCGGGCAGUGGGUUCAAGCUCAUCUGGAACAGUGUGAAGGGCUUCCUUGACCCAAAAACUUCAUCCAAGAUUCAUGUUCUGGGUUCGAAUUACCUGAGUAGACUUCUUGAAGUAAUUGACUCAAGUGAGUUGCCAGAGUUCCUUGGUGGUUCAUGCACAUGCAGUGACAAGGGAGGCUGUCUUGGGUCGAACAAGGGGCCAUGGAAUGAUCCUUACAUAUUGAAGCUCAUACACAAUUUGGAGGCUGGCUCAGUGAAGGAUAUCAAACCAGUUUCUGAUGGAGAAGAAAGAAGUAGCUCUUCCCUUAGGUUAGAACAGUUCCAGUGGCAGGGCAUGAUGAGUGACACAUCAAAUGCCGAAUCAGGGUCCGAUGUUGAUGACUUUGGAUCAUCAUAUAUACCAAAAGGAACUGAAUAUGGUUGCCUCACUCCAGUCCAUGAGGAAGUAAAGGGCAUAGAUUCUUCAACUUACUUUGUCUGUCGCGAUCAGAGUUAUGUGGAUAUCUCUCUUGAAACUGGUAGGAGAGUGCGGCGAACUACUGAAACUGUGCCAAAACAACUGGCUGAUAACCGACAGUUUUCUACCAAUGGAAGCUCUCGUGAUAUAGGCAACGUUGGCAAACUGGAUGGUACAAUUGUCCUGAUGGGUGUGGGAAAUCUUAUAAAACUUGUGGUCUCAGCCUUGAUCAAGAUAUUCUCCUUCUUCCGCCUUUUCAUAUCUGUACCAGUGAGGAGGCUUCAAAGUGCCAAUCCUCCUACUGCACCAGUUCCAGUUGCGGAGAAGCCACAGCCUCGAACUGUAAGCGACGCUGAUAUGAGCGCUUGCUUACAGCGUAUCGAAAAUCUUGAAUCGAUGUGCAACCAGCUCGCCAGCAAACCACCAGAGAUCCCUGAGGACAAGGAGCAGAUCCUACUCAACUCUUUUGAGCGCAUCAGAUCCAUCGAGGCUGACCUGGAGAGGACAAAAAGAGUGCUUCAUGCGACCGUGGCUAAGCAGCAGUCAUUGGUGGAAACUCUAGAAGCUGUACAGGAGUCGACCAGUGUCAGGAGGAGGUUGUUCUGUUCAUAGGGUGACGCAGAAUCCUCAAAGCCAUGUCGACAUUAACCUGCGUGAAGCUGCCAGCUCCAUUUUUGACCUCCCGGGACUCCGAGCCUGGUUGCUGAGAGGAGAACGAAAGAGAAGAUAGCAUUGGAUGCCUGUCGCUUCCUUUCGGAACCUCAAAUCUCUCUCUUUUUGUAGUUUAUAUUUUGAGCCAAAGUCCCAGGUUUCUUUGCCUGUCGAACGGUGCGAUGCGCAGCAUGCUAGUAUGUUUUUUGCUGGUUAAGCGUAUAUUAUCGUGGCAGAAAGUCGGUGGUGAGAAUCUUGGAGGUUUGACUGGCCUGAACUUUCACUGAACCAAUGGGCUGGACAGGAGACACUAGUGGCAGGCUUACAGCUCAUGUCUAUGUAAAUUGUAGUGCUAUCUCUGAUCUGAUGAUGAUAGAUUAUUGCAAUGUCUGUCAGUGAAAUAUGGAUUGGUAGUACUUUA